AUGAAGGACCGAUUGGCGCAGCUGAAAGAGAAGAGUGAUGCUGGAGGCGAUGACAUUGAGGUUCCUGUGGAGAACGAGGCUUUCAUGGAUGAUUUCUUUAAUCAGUCGGAAGAUAUCCGCAGCAGCAUUGACAAGAUUGACGAGAGCGUUGCAGAAAUAAAAAAACUCUACUCCACCAUCUUGUCUGCCCCCACAUCUGAACAGAAAAUACAAGAUGACGUUGAAGCCCUCACCAAUGAGAUCAAGAAGUCAGCCAACAAUGCAAGAAACAAACUUAAGAGUAUUGAGCGCCAGCUUGAGUCAAACACAGAUGAGAGGGCCUCAGCCGACCUCAGGAUACGCAAAUCACAGCAUGCUAUCCUGGCCAAGAAGUUUGUAGAGGUGAUGACAAAAUACAACGAAGCUCAGGUUGACUUCAGAGAUAAGAGCAAAGGACGAAUCGCCCGACAGCUGGAGAUCACGGGGAAAGCAACGACUGACGAGGAACUGGAAGAGAUGCUGGAGGGAGGCAACUCAGCUGUCUUCACUGCCGGGAUUAUGGACUCUAAGAUCAACCAGCAGGCCCUCAAUGAGAUUGAGGCUCGUCACAAAGACAUCAUGAGGCUUGAAAGCAGCAUCAAAGAGCUCCAUGACAUGUUUGUUGAUAUUGCCAUGCUGGUUGAGAAUCAGGGUGGCAUGAUCGACAGAAUUGAGGGCAACAUGGACCAGUCAGUGGGCUUUGUAGAGAGAGCAGUGGCCGACACCAAAAAGGCAGCCAAAUUCCAGCAAGAGGCGCGUAGGAAACAAAUGAUGAUCUUCUGCUGCUGUGUGAUCUUGGCCUUGAUACUGGGUUCGUUUGUCUUCAGCUUCUUCAAAUAG